GGAUGAGGGUUAAACAAUCCUAACUGUGUGCAGCCUUGUGCGAACAGCUUUACCUGACUUUUACAGAGUCCGGUAGUAGCUGGGUGAGAGGCAGCCGGUUGGUGCAGGUUUUCACUGUUAGAGGCAGGCCGGGCCCAGUGCUGCAGGUUGUCCGGUAGGGUGCCUGCAGAGCUACAAGCAUGCUGUUGAUGUCAGGAGCAAAAGGAGGGGAACGUGAGGAAUGGCUGAAAGCUGACGGUGAUCUGUAGCAAACAAACCAGGACGUCAAACGAUUGUCCGGUAACGUUGAAGUGAACAUUAUCCCCGCCGCCGGGAUCAGCCUCUUUUAGCGACGCAGUAACAGACACCGCUCGGUUUUUUGGGGUUAUUUAAUGGGACAACGAAAACGCAAAAAACGCAAGGUAGGCUACCGCUGCUGUCGCCAGCAUUGCUACUUUAUUUUCAUGGACUAAUACGACACGCAGGGGUUUGGAGAAAUGUUUCACGGCAAGGUACACCGCUCGUCUUCGAGGGCAACGUCGGGGUUUUAACGCUAGCUAAACGUUAAAUGUGCAUUUCUUUUGGUUUAUGUAUGAAGUGUUCAUAUAGUUUUUUUUGAAAAGCCUCGGUUAGGCUUCAUCUCUUCAUGCCUUCACCGACUAACCACAUGAGAAGUCGACGUCCGGAAUAGAUUAAACCACAAACAAAGCCCCCCUCUCCUCUCCAACCGCUUCUUCCCCUCCUCACUUUUUUUACCCCCUUUAAAAUCGCUUUCACCUGAAACUUGAAGAGGAGGAAAAAUGCGUGUGGAUUUGUUUUGGGUAUGUUUGUGGUGUUUCCUUCGCCCCGGUGCCGCCGGUCAAGGGCAGUCGACUCCGGCCGUCUGUUCGCCCUCAUGCAGCUGCGAUGAAGAUGGGGGUGCUGACUGCUCCGGGAGAGGACUGACCACCGUCCCAGCUGGGCUCAGUGCUUUCACUUAUUACCUAGACCUGAGCAUGAACAACAUCACUGAGCUUCCAGCAUAUGUAUUCAAGAACUUCCCUUAUCUGGAAGAACUACGACUUGCGGGGAAUGACCUGUCCUUCAUCCACCCUGAAGCCCUGUCUGGACUGCAUCAGCUCAAAGUCUUGAUGCUUCAGAAUAACCAACUGAAGAUGGUGCCCAGUGCAGCCCUGAAGACCCUUCAUGCUCUCCAGUCGCUUCGUCUGGAUGCAAACCAUAUUACCACAGUCCCAGAGGACAGUUUUGAAGGCCUUCAGCAACUGCGCCACCUGUGGUUGGAUGAUAACAACCUGACGGAGGUCCCCGUUGGUUCUCUGAGACACCAGGCGAACCUACAGGCUCUGACAUUGGCACUCAACCGCAUCUUGUACAUACCGGACAACGCCUUUGCAAACCUCACCAGUCUAGUUGUGCUGCAUCUUCACAACAACAGAAUUAAGGAGAUAGGAGACAACUGUUUUGCUGGUCUAGUGAACCUGGAGACACUAGAUCUUAACUUCAACAGCCUUGUGGUUUUCCCCAGAGCAAUAGAGGCCCUGCCCAAACUCAAAGAGCUUGGUUUUCAUAGCAAUGAUAUUGCUUCCAUACCUGAAGGGGCCUUUCACAACAACCCCCUGUUGAGAACCAUACAUCUGUAUGACAACCCUCUGUCCUUCGUGGGUGCUUCAGCUUUCCAGAAUCUGUCUGACCUCCACUCGCUAAUGUUGCGGGGGGCCAGUAUGAUGCAGGACUUCCCGAUCCUCACGUUGACUAACAAACUUGAGAGUCUGACCUUAUCAGGAACCAAGAUAUCGUCCCUCCCUGCUGAUCUGUGCGAGGAUCUCAAGUUGCUUCGUACCCUAGACCUGUCCUACAAUGUGAUCAAGGAGCUCCCAUCCCUUCAGGGCUGCAUUCGAUUGCAGGAGAUAAGCUUUCAGCACAACCACAUUCAACAAAUUGACAGGGACACUUUUCAAGGUCUCACUGCUCUGCGUUUACUAGACCUGAGCAGAAAUGAAAUCAAAGUCAUCCACAGAGAUGCUUUCCUCACCCUCACUGCACUCACCAACCUAGAUCUGAGCAUGAACUCUCUGACGGUGUUUCCAACAACUGGACUGACUUCCCUCAGUCAACUGAAACUCUCAGGAAACCCGCAGAUGAAAAAUGUGCUGACUGCGAGAAACUUACCCAAACUCAGGUCCAUCUCUGUCCCCUACGCCUACCAGUGUUGUGCAUUUGUUGGAUGUGACUCACUGACGAGUUCUUCCGAUGAUAAUGACGUAAAGAAAUCAACAGGUGGGGAGGAUGUGGAAAGAAUCUCAAUGAUUAUGCAUUGCUCUCCGUCACCAGGAGCCUUUAAGCCUUGUGAGCACCUCCUGGGCAACUGGAUGAUUCGUCUGACAGUUUGGUUCAUCUGUUUGGUGUCCCUGGUCUUUAACUGCCUGGUGCUGGUAGCCACCUUCUCCCCCACACACCGAGCCGCAGGCCAUUCCUACUCCCUGCACCCAUCUAUCUCUCCAGCAAGGCUACUGAUGGGACUGCUGGCCCUGGCCAACCUGCUCACAGGCCUGUACGUUGGCGUGCUGACCGUGCUUGACGUUGCCACCUGGGGCUCCUUCGCUGAGUUCGGUGUGUGGUGGGAGAUGGGGCCUGGCUGUCAGAUCACAGGAGCUUUGGCCGUCUUCUCGUCGGAGUGGGCAGUCUUGUUACUUUCGCUGGCAGCCGUGGAGCGCAGCGUGGCCGUGCGGGAGAUUCUGGGGAAGGUACUAAUGUCACCAAGGAGGAGUGGUGGCAGCCGUCGUGGAUGCUGGAGAGGAGAUCGACGCUUCAGCCUCGCUGCCGGACUCCUGGGGCUUCUGGCUGCUGCUGGAGCCUGUCUGCCUCUCCUCACCGCCAGUGACCAGUCUGCCUCUCCUCUCUGCCUGCCCUUCGCUGGUGGCGAGAGUCCAGCUCUGAGUGUCACAGUCGUUUUAGUGCUGCUCAACGCGCUGGCUUACCUGUUCACAGCAGCUGUGUACACUCAGCUGUACUGCCACCUUGGCAGGGUGGAGCUGGCAGACCCGGAGCAGACAGGUGCCCUGCGCCACGUAGCCUGGCUGAUCUUCACCAAUUGCAUCUUUUUCUGCCCUGUGGCAGCUUUCUCCUUCGCCCCUCUCCUGACUGGCUCCACAGCCGGUGGCCCAGAGAUCGCCAAGUCUGUCACUCUCAUUUUCUUCCCUCUGCCUGCAUGCCUCAACCCGGUGCUCUAUGUGUUCUUCAGCCCAGCCUUCAGGGAGGACUGGCUGAGGCUACGCGGCCGUGGAGGUUUGACCAGGGAGGUGAAGGCUGGUGCCGAAAGUCAUGGAGAUGAUGGUGGUGGAGGGUCCGAGCUCACGGACGGAGGUUCCUCCACUCACCUAGGCUUUGACUGUGGGGUGUACUCACAGCUUUGUGGAGAGACAGUAGUGUGUGAACAGUGUGAGGCAGCACUGCAUGCUAGGACCUGCUCCUCCCCCUCAUCCUCCACAGUCUGUAGACACUUGGUAAAGUCUCACAGUUGUCCCACCCUCUUGGCGGGAGCUGCAGUGUGCCAGCGCACUGAGGGGUUUUGGGCAGACAGCGGCACACCCUCUGCUCAGUCUGAGUAUGCAGACGAGGGGGACUCGUUUGUGUCGGACAGUUCAGACCAGGUUCAGGCCUGCAGCAGAGCCUGUUUCUGUCAGAGCAGAGGCCUUCCUCUUGUACACUACUCAUACAACAUACCUCGAGUCAAAGACUAAGGAUGCUUCAGAGCUCCAGUACGUCUGUGUGCACAGAUCUCUCUGUCAUGUGAAUUUAGAUGCUACAUUUUUAUAUCAAACAACAAAAUGUGCCAACUACCCUGCUAAAAGACUAUUCAGCCAGCACUUAUGUUUGUAAUUACUGUGUAAACAGAGAUGCAACCCAUCAUUUAAAGGGAACUUGGUAUGCUUGUUGAUCUUGGAGACUAUUUCUAAGUGUACUUCUUGCCCAGCGGUGGACAAACGAAGCUGAACUGAGCGCAUCAUGUUACACGACCGGUCGACAAAAGGAAGCUGCAAAAGGAAAACGUUGCCGCCAGUGCCUGCCUCUUGCUUUCGAUUGGAUAUCAUGAUGAUGCAAGCCUCAAUGUACAUGUCAAGGAUUUUGUGAUAUCUCUGUUUUACCUGUACUUAUAAGCUUUUUAACUUUUUAGUUUUUAAUUGUUAUACAUCUUGUCAAUUUUUAAAGCUUCUUCACAGCAACUGUUGAUUUUAUACCUUGAUUUUUUUUUUUUUUUUUUACAUAAAUGUAGCAAAUGUAAUAAUCACCCUAGACUUUUCUAUGUGAAUGUAACUUUCAGGUGUUCUUUACCUAACAGAGAGGAUUAAUGUAACGUCAGCAAUAACUUCAACCCUACCUGCCUGUGAUUAGUGUGAUAAUGGUAUACAUAUAUGCCAGUCUAUAAUAAACACGUCUUUGCUUUAAAUGACUAAGACUAAGAAUGUGAUAAAAGUAGCAGAUAUCACUGUUUUAGCAACGACUACGCUUGGUGGUUUUGAGCGGCGUUGCUAUUUAAUGUUUGAGCAGCAGGAUUGUUUGGGUGGAGAUGGUUUCAGGUGGCCUUUGAAUGAUGAGUAUACAGUAUAACCCUAGUAUUCCCCAAUACACCUCCACCCACCGGUACACACAUGUAACUUUAGGUUAUUAUUUCAAAUCUGAAGGAUAAUUCCAAGUAUUUAAACCCGGGCUUUAUUUUCUUAGUUUUUGCCAUCAUGCUGUUUGAUUUGGAUCAUGUUUGAUUUCUUAACUGAUGAGCUACAUUAUCAGUUUGUAAUGGGGCAAAGAGAUGCACCAAACCCAACAAACACACAAAAAUCUGUUAUCUGAUGUUCAGAUUUCCUUCAUUUUCAGUUCAUAUCAAGCUCCUGCUGGCACUUGAAAGGAAAAUGAAAAUAUAGCAAACUUCAUUUGACCUUCAUAAAUAGCAAGAAACAGCAUAUCCAAAACUCGAAUCAUCUUUCUUCACAUGGCUGAUCCUGUGAGAAGAGUUAUAGCUGACAUCCACUCCUGCUUGUUUUCAACGUUAUCAUUAAACAUAAUUUGGCUUUUGAGCAACAAGUUAAACACAUGAAUACCGUCCAAGUCAAACACGUGAAUGUAAUCCCACUCUUCCACUUCUUCCAACAUGAUGUGAACACAGCACACGACUGGCAACCAGCUGAGUCAACAAGAAAGUGAAUAAGCUGUGCCAAAAAAAAUCAAAUGGGACUGUUCUAAUUGAAAUGUGGGUGAUUAUUUUUCAACCACAGAUAUUUAAGGACAAGUAUCUGCAGUGUGAGGGGACCUUCUGUGUGUGUGUGUGUGGUACUCUGAGCUCUAAAAUUUGGAUCCAAAUCAUUGGGCAUGAUGAUAUAAAAAUAAUUAAAAUAAGGCUGAUUUAAGGUUGACAUAAAAAGAAUUACCUUUAAACUAAUUCACUGCUUCCACUGUUCCACAAUUACAGUAUGGCCUCUGUCUGUAUAGUCUGGGUUUAUUGUAUCAGUCACCUAAAGAGCAUUAUUAUAUUGUGAUGCAUAUUAACAUAAUCUUUUUCCACCUCGAGAGCUGACCUGAAUGAGAAGGUGUGUGAUGAUGAGGGAUCGACUGAUGUUUAGUGUGCUGGAGCAUGACUGUACACAUUAAGGUGGAUACACCCUCAGAGCGUGUAUCCACAAGUGCACGUCAUGUGAGUGCUCAGGAAUUUAGGUAAUGUAGGGAAACGCUUUUCUCCCACCAACAAGACAUUCUGUUGUCCUUUUUUAAUGCACCAUUUAAUUCUAAUCUGUGGGUUUAUUUUCUGUUCUCGCGUAGGCAUCGUCUCGACUGGGUGUGUAAUCUUGUUGCACCAACCAAAAUGUCCGUUGAUUGUUUUGACAUGUCUGAUGUCCCAUUUGGUGAAAAUGUACAAAUCUUUCAGUAGUUUGGUUGCUGUUUUUUUUUAAUGCUUUUUCUUUUGUAUUUGUAUGUAAAUUAUUUUAACAGAAAACAAGUAAUCAAGAAUGGGAUGCUAACUAAAGGAAGCUACCUCCUCAAUUGUAGUGGCUACCAACAGUGCUUUGUUAAAGAAAAGUCUGUUUUCCAUUUGUCGUUACCUUUUGUUUGCUUUCUUGGCUUUAUGUCGACAGGUGGUUGUACAUCAUCGUUUUAGUUAAGUGCAAAUUGUGGGAGGAAUCUAUGUACUGUAUACUGUGAUUUUUUUUUUUAACCAAACUAUGAACUAUGAUUUUUUUUUUUUGUUUGUUUUAUCUUUUAUAGAUACAAACUUGCAGGAUAAUACAGAGUAUAAAAGUAUCUCACUUAAUUUCAGUUCAAAUUAAAUCUUAUUUGUAGGUUUUUUUUCAUGUGAGAUCUCCCCAAGUUGUUUUAUUCUGUUCAAGUAGAAAAAAUAAUUAUAAAUUAUGAAUGAAUAAAAUUGGAAGAAUA